AUGAAGACUCGCCUGACGACGCUUACAUGGCGUGGAUCCGCAUCGGUCGAUCCACGGUUUUCGGCCGCAAUGCUACCGUGGUCCAUCGCCGACAUUAGAAACCACGAAAGUUAUGUAACGCUAUCGGUCGGUGUUGAGGACGGCGUGCUGGCAGCAUACAACACGGACUUUGAGCUACAGUUCGAGCACAAGCUGAAAUACAUCCUCGGCUACUGCAGAGUGAUCGUGAAGCAGGAAAAGGGCAAAAAGAAUUCCGACUUUCUUAUACCGAAAGCGGCCAGCACACGACCACAGCCGAUCACGGUCGGCAACGACAAUGUGGCGGAAAUUUUUGGGCCCGAGUUUGGGUUGGUGUAUCUGCUCAAAAAUCCCCAGGAUCCACUGCUACACAUACACUUUUACGAGUGUGAAAAGUAUGAACAGAUGGCCGAACUGAUACAGCAGAUGCGUGAUCCGGCCACGAUCGGUGGUGGUUCGGUCGGCAGCAUACCGCAGAGCAUCGUCUCCUCCAGUGCGAAUCCGAACGACCUCCAGAAGGCGCUCCGCAACCAGGGCAUCCAUUCGACGCCGGCCUCGAAUCUGAAGCUUUCGGAGCAGAUGCGGCACGCACAGCACGACAGCAGCCCCACGCUGGCGUACCAUCUGCCGGCACAGCAGCAGCAGUACCCGCACCAGAACGGUGGUCCGAACCGGUUGGCCACAUCGAAAAGCUACUCCGGUGGGUUAAACCAUUCGACCGGCGGUGUGAACGGUCCGACCAGCAGUAGCAGCAUCUCGUCCAGCCUCUCCUCGCUGCCGGACAUAUCGGCGAACAACUCGCAGUUCUUCGAGGUGCUGUACGUCGGCAAGAUCAAGGUGUCACACAAGCGGGUACCGUGCACCUUCAUCGAUGACGCGCUGCCCAAGUUCAAGGCGUACGAUGCGGAGAAGCUGCGCCAGCAGCAGGAAGCCACACGAAAGCAAAGCACACCCGUCGCUGAGGAAUCGGAAGGUGAAACGCGGCGCCAUGAGUCCGAUAAUAGAGGCGCGGAGUCCACACCGCCAGCACCGGACGAUCCACCCGAAGUCUUCCAGGGUCGCCGUGUCAGCACGUUCGAUAUACCGACGAAGAAAAUCGCGAAUGGUACCGUGGGAGAAGACAGUGCGUCCGGCAGUGGUAAAGAACAGCUUACGGUAGAGGACAACUGCACCGUAAAGGUGCAGCAACAGAAGGAACAAGAGCAGGAACAACCGCAUCAGACAGCAUCUGCUGCAGCAACAUCCAGCACAGAGCGUGUUUCCAGCAAAGAAACAAAGUCACCAACGGCUCAAGAUGAGGAGGCCCCAGUUCGACGUGAUCGUUCAGCUUCCAUCGGAUCGAUACCGGUGGUCGAGCAGAACCGCACGAUGGUGUUCCUGAUCGGGCAAACAGAUCUGCGCCUGAUCAGCCCCGAUCGGAAGCAGGUACUGCUGCACAAAGCGUUCCGCGAUGUGGCCAGCUGCGUACACGGCCACAAAAAUGCCGACCACUUCGGUAUUAUCUGCCGGGAUGUGAACAACGACGGUUACAUCGGGUACGUGUUCAAGUGCCAGUCGGAACAGGUCGCCGCUGACAUCGUGCUGGCAAUCUCGCUAGCCUUCACGGCCUGCUCCGAGCAGAAGCAGAAGGACAAGGCAGCGGCCCAGAUAUUCUCCUGCGAGCACUGUCCGAUGCUCUGGUACCACAAGCUGUGCACCGAUACCGAGGGUCAUAGCGACAAGAAGACGCAGUACAUGAUCUUCAAGCGCAUCGACACCACGCUCACCGAGGACGAGCAGCGGCUGCUGAUGGAGAAGUACCACGGGGCGGAGGAGGCGGCCGGUAGCAGCUUGGGCGAGCAGAAUCAAUUUCUGAUGAUGCUGCUGCGGGCCCACUGUGAGUCGAAGCAGCAGCGGCACGUACACGAUACGGUCGAACACAGGGCCGAGUUCUUGAAUCAGUAUCUUGGCGGCAGUGGUAUCUUCAUGAAGGCGAAACGGUCGCUUACUAGCUCGUUUGAUCAUCUGCUGAAAAGACGCACCAGCAGGGACGAUUUCGUGGCGGGAAGCUUGAAGGAUUCGAGCUCGACCGGUGAGCUGAAGGAUGGCAGUUUUGAGCCGGUUACACGCGCCCGGGCCUCGACGAUCGGGUCCAGCCCGUCGAUGGGACGCAAGAAUUCCGACCUCGGCAACGGGACCACGCCACAGCUGAAGUCACCCAUGAUGGAUAUCUUCAUCAAGGUGGGCAACAACCCGAGAGAUCAUAGCCAUGCCGGGUCAUGGCGGCAGGCGAUGCUGCAUCGUGUGGUGACACCGUCGAAGAACAUGAAGAGUGGCCCCGAGGAAUACAUGUCACCAUUGCGCACUACCGGCACACCGGCAAAGAAGCGCACCCGGGAAGAGUUGCGGGAGCUUUGGCGCGUUGGCAUCAAGCAAACCAUCAUCCUGAACCGCAUGGAUAAGGAGAAUGCCCAUCUGCAGGCACGCCAGAAUGCGAUCAAAUCUAACGAGAUACGCCGCGUGAAGCUGGAGUACGAUGAGAUUACGGUUUGCGACAAACGGUCUGCCGAGCAGUGGGAUGCACUGUUGGAUAAUAGCACACCGGGUGCAAUAACUCCCGCCAAUCAGGCACUGCUGUACCAGACGAUGAGGAAUGGUGUGCCACGAUCGCGGCGCGGUGAGAUCUGGAUGUAUCUGGCGGAGCAGUAUGCGUACCAUCAUCCAGAACCGAUCGAUACUACCAACUUCCCGAACUUUAACACACCGUACCAUGUGCUGCUGAAGAAUUUGACCGAACACCAGCACGCCAUCUUUAUUGAUUUAGGUCGUACAUUCCCGGAUCACAAGUACUACAAGGACGCGCUUGGAGUUGGACAACUUUCGCUGUUUAAUCUGCUGAAGGCAUACUCCAUUCUCGAUCCGGAGCUGGGUUACUGUCAGGGGUUAGGGUUUAUUUGCGCCGUUUUGUUGCUGCACCUUGAAGAAGCCGACGCAUUCGAGCUGCUUAAGCAUCUGAUGUUCCGAAGGGAAAUGCGCGCCAAAUAUCUGCCGGACAUGAAACAGUUUCAGCUGCAGCUGUACCAGCUGUCCCGGCUACUUAAGGACCACAUACCGGAGCUGUACGAUUGGUUCGAUCAGCAUGACAUUUCGCAAACCCUGUACGCGGCACCCUGGAUACUGACCGUGUUCAGCUCACACUUUCCGCUCGGGUUCGUUGUGCGCGUGUUCGAUCUGCUGUUUCUCGAAUCGUUCGACGUGUUCUUCCGGUGUGCGAUCGCACUGCUGGAGGCGCACAAGGAGCAGCUGAUGCAGCGUGACAACUUCGAGGACAUCAUGAGCUACCUGAAGAACAUCAUUCCCAAGAUCGAUGCCGAUGUGAUGGAGAAGGUUUUUCGGGAUGUGUUCCGGUGCGAUUUCUCGCGUCAGCUGAUCGAAUACCAGGUCGAAUAUAAUGUGCUGCAGGAAGAGAUGUCGUCCCAGAACUACUACCGGGAAAGCCACAACCGGCUGAAGGCGGAACACCAGCAGCUCAACACGCAGCUCCAGUUCACGCAGUCCAACCUGAUGCAGCUGGAAAGCACGCGCCUGCUGCACCAGGAACAGAUCCAUUCGCUGCAGACGCAGGUGCAAACGCUCGAAAACACCGUCCACACGCUCGUGCGGUUCAUCGAGCAAACGGUUGACGUGCGUUCGGACUUUGUGCUGCCGAACGACGUGUGUCGCAUUAUGCAGCAGGUCCAGGAACUCCAGCAGCAGCAGCAGCAAAAGAAGCGCUCGCCAAUAUUCGUCGAUCGUAAGAUUGGCAAAUCGAUCUCGUUCAACAGCAACCUUGGCCUGACGCUUAACGUGCUGGAAGAAGCGAACGAACCGGACGGCCCGGGAACGCCGACGAAGAAAAGGCAUCCCUACUUCCAGAACUCGUUCAACCAGAUGCGCCAGCAGCGGGACAGUCUGUGGCUGCACAAGCUCGACGAAUGCAACAGCACCAGUCCCGAGCAUGGGGCGGGCAACGGCACCGCCAGCACAUCCCAGUCAUCGGCCAGCAUCAAGGCACUGUCCGGCAACAGUGAUGACAGUGGUAUAGCGACACCGAUAAGCCCCCAGCUGCACGCACCGUCGACGACGCCGAUGGUGGCGGAAAGUCGACCACUGGUCCCGUUCGAAAACCAUCCACUCAGCAGCUGUGGUGAUGUGGCGGUACAGUACAACGGCACAACGCAGCUAAAGUCGCUGAAACCGCGUGCGCAAUCACGCCACGGUUCCGUCUCGUCGAUCGUCAGCGAAACGAGCAACGAACCACGGCCCCAAGUCGCGACGGAUCGAAGUUAACGGGGUUCGCGCGUUACACUAAUCGGACCCAUCCGGACGUUACAUCACGUAGUAUAAGGUGGGGUGAGAGCCUGCGGCGAGGGCCAGGAAACAGACGCGACAGACAUGCCAGACGACGGGUGCAACAGAUGUGUGUUCAACGUCUACGUUCUUCCAUCACCCGGGAUGUUUUACGAACAUUCGCGCACCAAACACACCGAACAAUCUACUCGCGGUGUCCUCCGCCGGCUCCCACACACACACGAAGACAGUUUAUUUCGUAAUCGUGAUUACGCCUGCUUGCUCCCUAGCUGGAGCAGCAGCCGCAAGUGUUAGAAAUCAAAAUCUAUUCCCCUUUCAACAGCACAUUAUGCGCCUGCAAACAAUGCGUGCAGGUCGAAGGAUGUGGAAGAGCAGCAAGUGUUCUCGUUGGAGAACUGGAAUAGGCAAUAAUCACCCACUGCUUGGAGAGGCUCCACCUUGGCAGCUGUUUACUCUCGAUGCUUUCCUUUCGGAUAUUAUCUUCCGGUAGGCCGAAGAAGCAAGUGGUUUAUAGGUAACAAACACAGAAGGAUCCCAAACACCAUCCUUCCGGAUAUAGCAGAAACAUAAGAGGAGAUAUUAAGGAUACACCCCAAACCAUUACCUACUAUUGAUCGCUUUUGUGCAAAACAGUAACGCAAACACGAGAAGAAGUCAGCUUGGAACGAGAAGAAACCAAAAACACAUCUACAAAACACAGAAACCAAACCCAACGCCAGUAAAAUGCUUCGUACAAUUUGUGAGUGUGAAAUGUAGUUUGUAGUAGCCUAGGGAUGAUCUGUAGAACCGUAACUGUGUGCUGCUAUGCUAGCUACUGUUGUUAUUUUUUAUUUUUUUUAUUCCAUUCUUUGCUAGAUCAGGUCAAGCAGGAUAUGUACCACACAACUGUUGUGGCAUUGAAUCGGCUGGAUCAGCCGAAAGGGUAUAGUGAGAUGGGGCGGAUUUGUACUUAGGGAGGGAAACAAUGGCGUCAUAGCGUUGCUGGUGUAUAUUUUUGGGUAAUAGAUUUAGAUUGCUGCUGCCCGAGCAGAUUAACCGAUACUCGAUGCAGGACUUGAUUUUGACCCCCUCGCUAAAACCCACGGGAAAUUCAAUCGUUGAAGCAUAUUAAUUAUAAUUAGGGUCAACAAAAGAAGCGUACUCACAACAACACCAAACAGAAAAAUCCUACGUUCCAGUAGUUCACGGAUUUAGAUUAACAUUUCUUCUUCUACUUUUUCUUGCUCUGUGUCCCUUUUUGGGGUUUCACAAAACACUCUCCACUUUGUCACCACCACCUACUUCACACCAGCUACAGUUAUAAAUAUGAUUUAACUGUACGAUUUUACCGACCAAUGAAGGGCUUGCUAAAAAAUGAUUCAAAUUCAAAUCCACCAUGUGGAAAGAGGUGAUAAAUUUAAACAGACUCGUCACAAACGCACGCACAUAUGGCGUUCGAACGAUGGAGUUGUUAUAACAAAUUGGCUUGCCUUGCAGCACCGCUUACACAUUCGCUUAAGCUAAUAAUCGAUCGGGUUGCGCUGGAGAAAGUUAACACAUCACCCAACUACAAUAUUGACUCACGUGCAGCUGUAAAGAAGCCACCGGUUCGCUACGCUUGAGAUCACUGUAUGAUCUUUGCAGCAUUCGUUUUUUAGCGAACAGUGUUGGGGGGUUUUUUCCGGUUCUUUUGUAACCAUACUCGGGCUUUUGAGGGUAAUUUCCAGCCAGCCUUAUUAUGUGGCGGGGGAGCAUGAAUGCUUGCUCCUCGAUACUUCUCGUAUCCGUUUCAAUUGUAAAUACUGUAUCGUUUUAGAACAAAAUGGGUGUACCGGAUCAGUUCUUGCCGUAUAGAUUAGUUGCGUUGUUGUUCUGUUGUUCUGCUUUUAGUUGUUACAUUAGUUUAAAACAUACCAGCUUUCGUUAACGUGAUUCGGUUUGUUUCCUCAUUUUACGCGGACUAGGACACACACACACAAAAGAAAAACAAAUAGCUAAUAUAUCUCUAUCUACGCUUCGGUGAUACAACAAAAAAAGGUAACAAGGAAACCAAUUAGACACAUAUAUGUAUAACACCACAACCACACUACGGCUGCAUUAUAAUUAAGCAUCUGUAAGAGGUAUGACAAAUCGCGAAAGAAAAUAAA